AUGACGGUUCCAAACGAAAGCGAGGAGAGAACGGAAGAUGUACAGACAGAGCCGGCAUGCGAAUAUUACAUUAACUAUGAGUCGAAAGAAGUGUUGGGAAGGGGCAUGAGCAGCACAGUCAGACGUUGCAUCGAGAAGAAGACCGGCAAAGAAUACGCCGUGAAGAUCAUCGACCUUAGUUCUGAGAAGGCGACCGAAGAAGAGACAAAAGAGUUGCGGCUUUCGACCCUGCGCGAAAUCAGCAUCCUCAAAAUGGUCGCCGGACACAAGAACAUAAUUGAGUUGCAUGACUUUUACGAAGUACCGUCGUUCCUGUUCAUCGUUUUCGAACUUGCCAGAGGUGGAGAACUGUUCGAUUACCUUACGCGGGUCGUCACCCUUUCCGAGAAGAAAACUAGGCACAUAAUGAGGCAAUUGUUUGAAGCAGUCGACGAAAUUCACAGCAAAAAUAUCGUGCAUCGUGAUUUGAAACCGGAAAAUAUAUUAAUGGUGGACGACGAUACAAUCAAAGUUACCGAUUUUGGCUUCGCUUACUGCCUCAAACCACAGGAAAAGUUGUUUGAUUUGUGCGGAACGCCAGGAUACCUGGCACCGGAAGUGUUGAAAACAAGCAUGUAUGAAGAUGAACGCGGCUAUGGCUUAGAAGUUGACCUUUGGGCCUGCGGAGUUAUUAUGUACACGCUACUGUGUGGCUACGCUCCGUUUUAUCAUCGGCGGCAAAUCUACAUGCUGAGAGCUAUUUCCGAAGGAAGAUAUGAAUUUAGAUCUCCAGAGUGGGACGAAAUAAGUGAAUCUGCCAAGUCAUUAAUAGCCAAUUUGUUGGUGGUAAAUCCUAAAAUGCGGUACACGGCCAAACGUGCACUGGCUCAUCCUUUCUUCCAGCAAGCCGUGGAGCUAUUGGAGUUGGCUAAAACCUUUGAUGCAAAGAAGAAGUUUAGGCUGGCCAUUGUGCAGGUGCGACUUUUGGUGCGUCUGCUGCGGAUCCGCUACGUGCCGAUGCUCGUGUCGUUUCAGGCCGUGCAGAGCAACCCCUAUGCCACUCGUAAGAUUCGCAAGCAGAUCGACGCAUUGGCGUUUCGAGUGUACGGUCACUGGGUGAAAAAGGGCCGCGAACAAUUCAGGGACGCUUUAUUCGCCAACGUCGUCAAGACCGAAGUAGAACGCUUCCACGGAACCAGCAAUUCAGGCCCGACCAGGCCAUCAUUGCUGCAUGUUACUGCUUAA